AUGGAUUUCAAAAACAAUAUUCCUACACAAGAAGAUCUAGAUUUUAUAGUUGAUGAUGGUUAUAGACAUGAUGAGGAUCCAACACAUGACCCUAAAGACGACUCCGCCUCGUCAGAUGAUGAUAAAUACGUUGUUUCGGGUAAAGAGUUUAAAAAACUAACCAGAAAAGCUAAAAAACUCGGUGCUGAAUUGCUUGAUUAUUCAUCACGCAAAAAUAACAAAUAUGUAGCAACACUUUCAAGUGGAAAGAAAAUUCAUUUUGGUUCUUCACAAUAUCCAGACUUUUUAAUUCACAAAGACAAAGAGCGAAAAGAGAGGUAUCUUGCUCGAGCUAAAAAGAUUAAAAAUAAGCAGGGAGAGUUAACUUAUACUAAUCCUGAAUCAUCUAAUUUCUGGAGCGUAAAUCCACUUUGGCCAGAAGAAUAA